GUUUGGGGUCGCUGAGAAAAAGCGAAAGUAAAGUUCUGUUCUGCCACAAACACGUCGUAGACAUUUUUUGCCAACUCAUGGACAAGGAAAAGAUAAUGUGCAUUUUUGGAGAUCUCAUGAAGAUCAACACGACUGGGGCGUCUUCCAAGACAGCUUCUCAGGACAACUACAAAAUAAUUGGUGUUGAAGCCUCACAUAAAAUGGCUGAAUAUGAUCUGAAGAGGAUGGACAUGUACAAGCCCAUCAUCAUGAAUGUUGCCAGAGCUAAAAAAAUGGACCCGGCGGUGAUUGCAGGCAUCAUAUCGAGAGCGACAAGGGCUGGGUCGCCCACAUCGGGGCUUUUUAAUGGCUGGGGAGAUGGAGGCAACGCCUUUGGACUCAUGCAGAUUCAUCAACAUUACCACAGUCCAAAAGGAGAGUGGGAUAGUGAGGACCACAUCCGCCAAGCUACUGAUAUCUUAAUCUAUUUCAUUAAAAUAAUUCAAGAAAAAUUCCCGGACUGGUCCAAAGAGGAUCACUUUAAAGGAGGAAUUGCAGCCUACAAUGCUGGCCAGGACAGUGUUUGCUCUCAUGCGGACAUGGAUUGCAAGACUACAGGGGGAGAGUAUGCAAAUGAUGUGGUGGCCAGGGCUCAGUAUUACAAACUCCAUGGAUACUAGUGUUAAUUUGGCAGGCUACUAAGUCUUAGUCCCAGGAUAAAUGUCCCUGUUAGGUUUUAUCAUAUUUAGUCAAUCUUAUCCUAUUUUUGUUUAGUCAAGUUUUGGUCGACUAAAAGUCUGGACAUUUUAGUCUAGUUUUAGUCAAAGGAACCUCUAAGUAUUUUAGUCUAGUUUUAGUUAAUGUAAACAUUUAGUUAAUGUAAACAUUUAGUUAAUGUAAACAUUUUAUGUAUAUGUAUGUGUGACCGUUUUAUAAAUGUAUAUGCCAGUAUUUUUCAAGAUUAAUGGGACAACCCACGUUAGAUGUUUUGGAGAUAAAGUCAGAGAGGCCAGAUUGAGGUGGUUUGGACAUGUUCAGAGGAGAGAUGGUAAAUAUAUAUGUAGAAGGAUGCUGAGGUUUGAACUGCCAGGCAGGAGGUCUAAAGGAAGACCAAAGAGGAGAUUUAUGGAUGCAGUGAGAGAGGACAUGAAGUUAGUAGAUGUGAGAGAAGAGGUUGCAGAGGAUAGGGUUAGAUGGAGGCAGAUGAUUCGCUGUGGCGACCCCUGAAAGGGAACAGCCGAAAGACAAAGAAGAAGAAGUGUUUUUCAUGAUUAGUAUCACUAACAAAUGGCUUUUUUAUGGACACACAGCUGUUUAUCCUGUGAGCUCUUAUCCCUGUGUAUGUGGAAAGGCUCUUACUUUUACUAUAUAACCACAGUUAUCAGUUUCUUUAUUUUUUUUUUUUACUAUUUUUUUUUUUUACUAUUUUUUUUUUUACUAUUCAUCUUUACUAAGUGAUCUCCAAUAUAUUUUUCUGACCAUAUUUAAUGGAGUUGAAGGUUCAGCACAGUCCUUACAGGUUUUAUAAAGGAUUUGGCUAAUUCUUAACCCGGUUCCAGUUAUAUCAAAUCUGUUUCAUUUUUUUCUUUACUUGAUGCAGGGCAAUAAAUUUCCACUUCUGAAAUGGAGACUCUUAUUUUUUGGCCAGGUGGUGUAUAAGCUUUAACAUUUUCACACAAAUUUCACUCAAAACAAUCCAGUAUAUAUAUUUACAGGCUUUAACAAAACUAACGUGUUUUAUUUGAAAGCAUUUCAUAAGGUAACAAAUUUGAGUAAUUUAAAAGGUAUAAAAUAUACCUUUUCCCUGACGUAUCCCUUAUAUACCCUUAUGGUCCCAUGGUCAAGUGUGUACUGAUGGAGGAGUUUAUAAUACAUUCUGACCCCUGGGGUCAUCUAAAUGUGGUAGAGACAUAAGGAGUCUGUGGGUCCAACAUCAAAAAUUAGGAAAAGCAUGUUUUGGCUUAUUUUAUUUAAAAAUAUAUAUUGAGAAAAC